AUGCCUUCCUUCUCUUCUGCCAUGUCUUUCAUGGCCCUUUCUUUGAGUCUCUCAGCUGUUGUGCAGGCAGCGCCUGCACCAGUACCUACUACUCCUCCAAGUCUUCAAGAGCGGGCCUCUAGUUGCACUUUUUCCGGCUCUAGCGGCGCAUCUUCAGCCAUCGCAUCGAAAAAGUCCUGCUCGACCAUUGUUCUGUCCGACGUGGCUGUGCCAUCCGGAACAACCCUGGACUUGACUGACUUGAAAGAGGGCACCGAGGUUAUCUUCGAGGGCACGACCACCUUUGGUUACAAAGAGUGGAAGGGGCCCUUGAUCUCCAUUUCUGGGACCGACAUCACCGUCACCGGUGCUAGCGGACAUACCAUCAAUGGUGACGGCUCUCGUUGGUGGGAUGGAAAAGGCUCAAACGGCGGAAAAACCAAGCCCAAGUUCUUUAGCGCACACAAGAUGAUAUCCUCGACUAUCAAGGGCCUGAACCUUGUGAACUCCCCGGUCCAGGUGUUUAGCAUCGACAACGCCCAGGAUUUGACGCUUUCUGAUGUUACAAUCAACAACUCUGAUGGUGACGACGAAGGCGCUCACAAUACCGAUGCUUUUGAUGUCGGCGAGAGCUCUGGUAUCUACAUUUCUGGUGCCACUGUCCAUAACCAGGACGACUGCAUGGCUAUCAACUCCGGCACGAACAUCACUUUCACUGGCGGUUACUGUUACGGUGGUCACGGUCUCUCCAUUGGAUCCGUUGGUGGACGAGACGACAACACUGUUGCUGAUGUUAAAAUUGAAAGCUCCAAGAUCGUCAACUCCCAGAAUGGUGUCCGCAUCAAAACCGUCUAUGGUGCCACUGGCUCGGUCAGUGGAAUCACCUACAAGGACAUCACUCUGUCCGGAAUCACCGACUAUGGCAUCGUUAUUGAGCAGGACUAUGAAAACGGCAGUCCGACCGGAAAACCAACAAACGGUAUCACAAUCAGCGAUGUGACAAUGGAUAAUGUCCAAGGAACCGUAGAGAGCGACGCGACAGAAAUCUACCUCCUGUGCGGUGAGGGCAGCUGCAAGGAUUGGACUUGGACUGAAGUGAGCGUGACAGGCGGAAAGACAAGCGAGAAAUGCGAAAACGUCCCCGAUGAUAUCAGUUGCUGA